UCCCGCAGCCGAUAGUUGGUAUAGAAAGGAGAUAUAGAGGAUGGAUGGGUGUGGAGAAACUGAAUAUAGAGUAGAGAAUCUCGAUGACCAUGAUGAAAUAUUUCGUUUAGAGAGUGAAUUUGGAGUAUGACGAGUGUGGAUAGCCUAAACCUGCAUGAAACACUUGUAAAUUAUAACCACUAUUUUGUGAUACAUUAUACCAUUGAAAAGCUUAUGGUAGAACUGAAUUCUAGAACAUGAGUCUAUAGAUACCCAGAGGCUACAUAAUUCAACUAGUGCGGUGGUGACCCUAGGGACAGGUUAGGAAGCUCACAAAACUACUGUGUCAGUUAUGGUGUGAUGAACUCAAACAAAGUCAGUUAUGGUGAUCCUGAAAUAGAUUACAACACUCCACGGCAAAUCCACCAAAGCUUGAAAUUUGGUCAAACAAACUUCAAAUCCAGGCCUCGUCUUGCAGCCCUUAACACGGGCAAAUCUCUCCCGCUCCUCCUGUUGCCCAGACGACCGUCUUAUCAUUUCCACCAUCACCCCCAUUUCCUUGACUUAACCAACAUUCUAUCUUCAUGAUGUUUCCAUGCCUCUUUAUGUUUGCCAAAAUAAGCAGUUGGUUUUAAGAAAGGUUAAUUUAGUCUAUUUUAACAGCACGGAUAGAAUGAACAAUAGCUUGUUCAGGUGGUUUGCAUUUCUUGUCCACGGAAGUUGCAACCUCAGUUAAAAAAACCCAUCUUUUGCAUGCAUGACCAUUGACCAAGAAGAAAUAGUAAAGACUAAAUAUGGAAUUGAAAAGGUUAAGACCGCCGGCCGGCACGUGGAUAAGCUUGCAUUGCAGUCUAGCUAAUUACAGCAAACCAAACUGAAAAACAAGAAGAAAAUGGGGGCUAAUUUUAGCAGUUUGCGUGGCACGUCCUCCAAGGAGUUAGUGAUCAGAAAAGGAGUUAGUCAUCCAUCCAUCCAUCGGUGACGAGCGAGGCGCGCCUCCGACGAUCCUCCAUAUAAACAGGCGUCGAUCUCCGCCCCCCCGGCCACCUAGCUAGCUCCCCUCACCCCGGCCCCGGCCCUCUGCGCGCGCGCGGCAGCAGCUAGCUAGCUUAGCCAGCCAUGGCGGGCGGCGUGGUGGUGAACGCGGCCGGGGGCAAGGAGUACCCCGGCCGCAUGACGGCGUUCGUCUUCUUCACCUGCCUGGUGGCGUCCUCCGGCGGGCUCAUCUUCGGCUACGACAUCGGCAUCUCCGGCGGCGUGACGUCCAUGGACUCGUUCCUCCAGGAGUUCUUCCCCUCCGUGUACGCCCAGGCCGAGGCCAGCAAGGACGCCAACCAGUACUGCAAGUUCAACAGCCAGCUGCUGACGCUCUUCACCUCGUCGCUCUACCUGGCGGCGCUGGCCACCUCCUUCGCCGCGGCGUCGGUGACGCGCGUCUUUGGGCGCCGCUGGUCCAUGUUCUGCGGCGGCGUCACCUUCCUGGCCGGUUCCGCGCUCAACGGCGCCGCCACCGACGUGAUCAUGCUCAUCCUCGGCCGCAUCCUGCUCGGCGUCGGCGUCGGCUUCGCCAACCAGUCGGUGCCGCUCUACCUCUCGGAGAUGGCCCCCGCCAAGCUCCGCGGCAUGCUCAACAUCGGCUUCCAGCUCAUGACCACCAUCGGCAUCCUCGCGGCGAACCUCAUCAACUACGCGACGGUGGGCAUCCCCGGCGGCUGGGGCUGGCGCAUCGGGCUGGGGCUCGCCGGCGUGCCGGCGCUCGUCAUCACCGUCGGCGCGCUGGCGCUCCCCGACACGCCCAACUCCCUCAUCGCCCGCGGCUACCGCGAGGACGCCCGCGCUGUGCUGGUCAAGAUCCGCGGCACCGACGACGUGCACGACGAGUACGCCGACAUGGUGGCGGCGAGCGAGGAGGCCGCCGCCGUCGAGCGCCCCUGGCGCAACAUCCUGGAGCCCCGGUACCGGCCGCAGCUGACGGUGGCCGUGCUCAUCCCCUUCUUCCAGCAGCUCACGGGCAUCAACGUGAUCAUGUUCUACGCGCCGGUGCUGUUCCUGACCAUCGGCUUCGGCGACGACGCGUCGCUCAUGUCCGCCGUCAUCACGGGGCUCGUCAACAUGUUCGCCACCGUGGUGUCCAUCGUCACCGUCGACCGGCUGGGCCGCCGCGCGCUGUUCCUGCAGGGCGGCACCCAGAUGUUCGUCUCCCAGAUCGUGGUGGGCACGCUGAUCGCGCUCCAGUUCGGCACCGCCGGCGUCGGCGAGAUGUCGAAGGGCAACGCGAUGCUGCUGGUGCUCUUCAUCUGCCUCUACGUGGCCGGGUUCGCCUGGUCGUGGGGCCCGCUGGGGUGGCUCGUGCCGUCGGAGGUGUUCUCGCUGGAGGUGCGGUCGGCGGGGCAGAGCAUCGCGGUGUGCGUCAACAUGACGCUCACCUUCAUCAUCGGGCAGGCCUUCCUCAGCAUGCUCUGCACGCUCAAGUUCGGGCUCUUCUACUUCUUCGCCGGGUGGAUGUUCGUGAUGACCGCCUUCGUCGCGCUCUUCCUGCCGGAGACCAAGGGGGUGGCCAUAGAGGAGAUGAACCUCGUCUGGAGCCAGCACUGGUUCUGGGGGAGGUACGUCACCGUCGACGGCGAUGGCGGAUCGCGGCGCGGCAACCGCAGAACGACCGGCGUCUGAUGAUCAGAGCAGAUCAUCAGAUCAGAUCGGGCUUGCUUGCUUGCUAUCUGUCAUCAGAGCCAGGCACGACAGCCACCAUGACACACACCAUGUAACCUAACGCGCUAACUGACAGGGUUAGAAUGAUGUUUCCAUCGCCGACGACUAACUUUCCACCAUGAAGAUCGGUUAACUAACUGUUCAUAGCAUGCAGAGAUCGGUUUAAUUAAUUUGGUAUUUCAGAGAUUAGACAGAGAGAGAGAGAGAGAGAUUGUUGGCAUAGCAUGCAGAUUACUGGCAUAGCUAGCAUGAUCGGUUUAAUUUAAUUUCAGACAGGAGCGAGUUUGAUGAUCUAGGAGGAUUAAUAUAAUCCCUGCAAGGUAAAUGAAUUGUUCAUCUUGUUGUAGCAGUGAGAGCGUACGUUGUUCUUGAGGUGUACUUGUAGAGAGGAAAAUCUAUCCCUGCAAGGAUUGUAACCAACCCAUAGUGUACUUGUUGGUAGUUUGAAGAACAUGGAGAAGUAUCUUGCAAUUUGUUCAGAAUUGUAUAUACAGACCUGUCAACCCAUCGCGUGAUAGCUUGAUUUGUUCAAAAUUCACAGUAUCCUGCAAUUACAUAUUGUACUUCUUUUUCGCAAAAAAAAAGGGCACCUCCCAGCAACAGUUCCUGUGAUGAGCGUUGGUUUGGAUUGCCAAAUCGAAGAAAUU